CAUACCUUGGACGCCAUUAUUUUCCAAAGCGUGAUACCGGUUAGAUUGUCAACAUGAGGGGAAUGAGAGGACGGGGAGGACCACACCCAAUGAGAGGAGGUAUGAUGAGACCGAUGGCGCCACCUUUCAAGCCUGGUCCGCCGUUCCGUGCAUUUAUUCCACAUAUUCCAUUUGACUUAGUACAGUGCGAGUCCACAUUUCCCAGAGCCAAACCUACACCUGAUGACAAAAGUUUUACUGAUGCUUUACUGAAACGACACAAUGAUCUGACUCCGUCCUCAACAGAACAGGCUGCCAUCUUGGCACUGGUUACCAAAAUACAGGCCAUCAUAGACAACCUCAUCCUAUCACCAAACUCAUUCGAGCCCGCGCAAAUUGAAGAAGUUCGUCAAGUUGGUUCAUUUAAGAAAGGAACGAUGAUGGCGGGUCACAAUGUAGCUGAUAUUGUUGUUAUGUUGAAGACCUUACCAACAAAAGAGGCAGUUAUGGCACUCGGUAAUAAAAUUACAGAAGAAUUACGCAGUCAAGAUCCACAGGAAGUUUUCAGUAUGCUAACAAACGACACUGGGUUUGAGAUCAGUUCAGCUGAUGCCUCUGUGAAGUGUCUCAUCACCACGAUUCCACCUAACCUAAAGAAACUAGACCCUGAACUACAUUUGGACGGUAAGGUGAUGCAGGGUCACCUAGCAUCUAUCAGACAUGCUCGCUGGUUUGAGGAGAACGCCUUCCACUCAAGUAUAAAAGUCUUAAUUAGAAUUAUGAGGGACCUGAAGAAUCGGUUUAAAGGAUUUGAACCAUUAACACCCUGGAUUAUAGAUUUACUGUCCCAUUAUGCGAUCAUGAAUAAUCCAUCUCGUCAACCCGUUGCCAUCCCAACAGCAUUUAAACGUUGCCUACAACUGUUAGCCGCUGGGUUUUUCUUGCCUGGCUCCGUAGGAAUCACAGAUCCAUGUGAGCAAGGCACAGUCAGGGUUCACACAGUCAUGACCCUAGAACAGCAGGACCAAGUAUGUUUCACGUCACAGACUCUCCUCCGAGUUCUAACUCAUGGUGGCUACAAACAGGUGCUUGGCCUAGAGGGAAACUCAAGUAUAGCUACAGACAUGAGUGUGUGGGAAGGAGUUGUUGUGACACCCUCAGACAAGGCCUAUGAGAAACCUGAGAAAAAAGAGGGGGAGGAGGAUGAGGAUGGAGACGAAGAUGAUACUAUGGAAACCGUCGACUCAUAGGAGGAUUGAAAUCUCAUUGAUAUCCCAGUUAUGUGAAUCUUCAUUUCUACAGGGGUGAAAAAUAGACAACAAAACAAUGAUGAGAGCCUGUUCACCAUACACAUCUCAUAGCUAGACAUGGAUUUGUCACUGUGUUCUAACGCUUCAGUUAAUGGUGCUGAUAUCAACCAAAGUAUUGCAUGUAUGUUCUAACAGAUAUGAAAGAUGAUUUUUGGUACCGUAUUCGAACUAAUAACUGCACUAUGCUCUUAAAAUAUACAAAGGGUUGUGCUUAACUAAACCGUGUACAAUAAUUUGUUGAAUAUGAAAUUGGGUGGAAUGAAAAAAAAAAUUUUUUUUUUUCAUUUACAUAUCUUAUGUAAAGGUAGUGAAAACAAGUCUUUUGUUAAAUGACAAGAUUAUAUUGCCUGAUAAGUGAGGUAAGGAACGUGUGUUUCAAUUAGCACACAUCCUCUUUUCCGGCAAACGUGCUUAUUAGGUCAAAUACAAUACCGUGUUUUGUCUGAUAAAUAGAAUGUAUGUUGAUAUCUCGGCUUUACACACAUUGUGACUGUUGUGGUAGAUUUUGGUAGUAAAGCUGAUUUCUCUUCAAUGUUAAGGUAACAUUCAGUUUAUUUAAUAGAUCAUGUUUUACAAGAACUGUAAAAUAUGCAAGUUUUAAAAUCAACGGUUCAUUUAAUUGUUGAAUAAAAUGUUCCCACUUAAGUGAUAAAAUAAAAGCUUAACAUUUUUCAGAGACUACUUUAAUACAAGUAUCCUUGGAAUUUGAAAAGAAAAAUAGUGGAUUCCUUUUGAAUUUCAAUUUUAUUUUGAGGUAAAUAUAGUAUAUGUAUACAUGAAUACAUAUUCAUUAUUUUGAGUGAAACUACUUUGUUUUGUUUUAAAACUUUUACAGCAUUGUAUUUUUCUGUGAAUACAGUAAAUCUGCAUGGAUCCUUAAAGCAACUACACAUUAUUCGUCUUUUCAUUGAAUGAAAAGCUUUAAAACAUGAAGCAUUUGGAUGACAAACUAUGUGACUCGCAUUUCAUCACUCCUAUAUGUAUAAGAGGUCUUGGCCUGCCUGAUUGUAUUGGCGGAUCUGUGUUUUUCUCGCUGUGUUCAACAUAAUGUACAUAUAGAAUUUUGUAGUAUCAUCAUGUAUUAAUUAUUAUGUUGUGUUCUGUUUUACUUGCAUGGUUUCAGAAAUGAACCGUUUCUUCAAAGUUGUAGGUAAAAUGACAUAUCUUCAGGAUACAAGAAGGUUAGCGGUAUACGCGUUCUUUUGAUAUGGUUAGUGCUACAAUGGCUUUAUUUCUCUACAAACAAAUUUGUUUUCUCAAAACAUAUCAAAAUGUUCCCAUGUCUUCCUAAUUCAAACAGACUUCUGUGGGAAAUUAAUGAAAAAAUCAACAGAACCUCGUUAGAGAAGAUCUAAAGUCUUAUUUGUCCCCUACCAUUGAAACUAGCGUGGCUGUGUAGGUUUCCUCCUGCCCGCCUUGUACAUAAUGUCAAAGAUUGUCGGGCACUAAUGGCCAAAAUUCCUUGAGGGAUUUUGAUAAAACUUCACACAAUGAUAAAAGACCAUAAUAUCUCAAACAAGUUAGAGUUUCGGAAAUUUUGGGUCAAGGUCACUUACUAUUUUUAGCGGGGGCAAGUAGAGGACAUGCAUUGCUUUAGCAAUACCCAGGAUGCUUUUUGUUCUGCUUUACCAUGAUUCUGUCAGAGCUAUUACUGUGGAUGAUCUUUUUACGACAGACAGAAGAUUUUAUCAAUAUAUCUGCUGCCACUGUAUGGUAUAUGAUGCAACUGAAUUCUGUCCGUUUCUUCAUAAACACCUGAUCUAAAAGAAAUUGACUCCAUACAACCUUACCACUGUUUAAUGGUUACGACAGAGAUUUUAUCAUGAUAUUUACUGCCACUAUAGGGUAUGAUGCAACUGAUUUCUGACUGUCUCGUCGUAGUUCAUUUACUUGAUAAACAACUUUAUCUAAGAGAGAGUGUGUCAAUCAAAUCUAGCCUCUGUUAAGUGUGAGAGUUGACCUAUGUCUCAUACUGUAUGUACAUUGUUGGUGCAAUAUCACAGCUACAUAUUAAACUUGUGAGGCAAUCUCACAACUUAGGUAUGUUGUUGGAUUCAAGAAGUCGCACUAUAUAUAUAUUAUAUAAUGGUGCAUGAUCAAUCCUUCACUUUUAAAUAUACAAAUAACGUGUGUCGUCAUUUUUAAUUGUCAUAAAUAAAAUCUUCAAAGACAGCAAAAAA